GACAAAGUUCAAACAAAUAACCUCACACAGUGAAGUCAGAGCUAAAACAAGACACGGUGUAGUAUAUAAAAGUCGAGACGAAAUGCCCAGCUUCAUUUCACCUCGACAACUCACCAGAACCUGUAGCCAAGAUGCUGACUCUCGUGGCAAUCGCUUGCUUGCUAGUUGCAACGAUCGCAGCCCCUGUGGAUGACCCCAACCAAAGCCAUUGUUGUACACCGAAGCAGUGGUCUGGUACCAUGCGUAGUAUCAGUGACACACUGAGCGGUGGCAAACUAACGACAACGAACCAGACAUUGAUGUACUAUUAUGACUACAACAACAUGAGAGCGGCCACGGUGGGAAAAGGGUUCAGACUUGUGCAAGACUUCAACAAGAUGGAGUCAUAUACCAUAGUUUCGGGCACGUGUACCCCCAGCAAGAUGACCGAACCCCUGCUGAACUGUGUACCAGAGAAAGCCGCUUUCAUUGGUUCUCUCCAAUAUGGCGGCCCUCAGGGACUGAGGGUAAACGAGUACUCUGUUGACGCCUUCGCUCCUAACAUCAAAGGGAGAAUUUCAUACACCGCUGACGACUGUAUUCCCGUUCUGGAGACUGUGAUCGGCACAGGGCCGGAUCCCUCUCUUCACUCCAUUGAGUUCGUCGACAUUGUCCCAUCGAUUAAGGACCCUUCGGUGUUCGAUGUACCCAGACCACCUUGCCCGACGGACACAGAACUAGACAACGUUGUGGACAUGCCUACGCAGCAAGGAUCUCCCUUUGCUGCCUUGCCCUGAUUUGGUUUAACAGUGAAGCUGA